AUGGAAGGGACCCAUGGCGACGGCAAUGGUGUGUGCUUCCCCUACGACGUGUUACUCGACAUCCUCCGCCGCCUCCCCUGCCACGCCAUCGCCAAGUCCCGGCAUGUCUGCCGUGCGUGGCGCACCCUCGUCGACGCCCACAACUUCCUCCUCCUCCCGACGGUGUUCUUCGACGUGACCAUCGGCGGCGCUCCCGCAGGCCGCAUCGUGAUGAGGCUGUUCGCCAAGGACGUGCCCAAGACGGCGGAGAACUUCCGCGCGCUCUGCACCGGUGAGAAGGGCGUCGGCAGGAGCGGCAAGCCGCUGCACUACAAGGGCAGCGCGUUCCACCGCGUGAUCCCCGGCUUCAUGUGCCAGGGCAGCGGCAUCACCAGGGGCAACGGCCUCGGCGGCGAGUCCAUCUAUGGGGGCGACUUCCCCGACGAGAAGUUUGUCUACAAACACAUGCCCGGGAUGAUCUCUAUGGCCAACGCCGGGCCCAACACCAACAGCUCCCACUUCUUCAUCUCCACCGUGCCCUGCCCGUGGCUCGACGGCAAGCACGUCGUCUACGGCGAGGUCAUCGUGGGCAUGGCCGUCGUCCGAAACAUCGAGAAGGUGGGCUCCCGCAGCGGCACGUGCUCCAAGCCCGUCGUCAUCGCCGACUCCGGCCAGCUCUAG